GCAAGCGAGGUGCAGGGGAAAGUAAUUGGAGGAAAAAAUGUAUUUUCUAUGAACUUGAUUACUGGAGUUCAAAUCAGUUAAAACACAACCUAGAUGUGAUGCAUGUUGAGAAGAAUGUGUGCGACAACAUCCUUGGGACUUUGUUAGAUAAUGAUAAAUCUAAGGACACCACUAAUGCAAGACAUGAUUUAAAGAAUAUGGGGGUUAGGAAAUCGUUGUGGAUUUACGAGGAUGCCAAUAAAAGGUUAAUGAAACCGCAUGCUCCAUACGUGUUCACUUUUGAAUAGAGGGGAGAUUUCUGUCAAUUUUUGAAAGGAGUGAAGUUGCCCGAUGGUUUUUGUUCUAAUCUAAAGAAAAAAGUCACAGACAAUGACUCAAACAUUGUUGGGUUGAAGUCUCAUGAUUGUCAUGUGAUAAUGCAACGAUUACUUGCAGUAGGUGUUCGCAAGUUUUUACCAGAAUCUAUAUCCACUACCAUCACUGGAUUGUGUAAUUUCUUCAAACAAUUGUGCUCUAGGACACUGAACGUUUCUGAUAUGGAGAAAGCUAAGGAUGAUUUGAUUGUUAUUUUAUGCAAAAUGUUGUUGAUUUUCCCUCCAGCAUUCUUUGACAUAAUGAUCCAUCUGGUUUUGCACUUGCCUGAUGAAGCAAUAUUGGGAGGACCUGUAUUUAUGAGGUGGAUGUAUUCUUUUGAAAGAUACAUGAAAAAAUUAAAAAAAAUAUGUCAGGAAUAAAGCUCGUCCUGAAGGAUUUAUAGCAGAAGGAUAUGUUGCAGAUGAGGCUUUGACAUUUUGUUCAAUGUAUUUCACAGGUGUGGAAACAAAAUUUAAUCAGCCUGAUCGUAACGAAGAUGCACCAUAUGUGAAUCGACACCUCACAGUGUUUGAAUCUCAAUGUCGUCCUCUUAGUAAGGGAAUUCCCGUGCCCCUCGAUGAAAAUACUCGGAAUAAAGCUGAGUGGUUCAUAUUGGAUAAUUCUCUAGAAACUGAAGUGUAUUUAGAGGAACACCUAACUGAGGUGCAACAAAGAGAUAUGGCUGCCAAUCAUAAAUUGAUACAUAAGAAAGAGUUUCGUUCAUGGUUUCAUAAGAAGAUAUAUGACUUGCACCAGCUUGGGUCAUUAGAGCAUGCUGAUGAAUUACUAGCUUUAGCAUCUGGGUCAGAUCUAUUGGCUUACUCCUACCAAGCAUGUAUAGUGAACGGAGUUCGAUUUGUCUCAUACAAUCGAGAUCAGAAUCGAAUUACACAAAAUAAUGGAGUGUGUGUUGCUGGAACAGAAGGUUUUAACUAUUACGGGCAACUUGAAGAAAUACUCCAGCUGUCUUUUACUGGUUCUUAUUCAGUGGUAUUAUUUCGAUAUAAAUGGUUCAAUACAGAUCCGAAAAAAAGAAAACCAUCACUGUAAAUAAUAUUACUAGUAUCAAUGUUAGCGGUGAAUGGUAUAAAGAUGAACCGUUCAUACUAGCUAGUCAAGCAAAAUAAGUAUUCUACAUCGAUGAUCUCGUUAGAGGACGAGAUUGGAAAGUUGUCCAAGAAGUGAAUCAUCGACAAGUUUGGGACUUUCCAGAUGCUUCAGAUAUGAUUGCUGAUGUUGAUGUUGUACAUGACACCAACUCAUCGAAUUUUGUUUUGACUGUGGAUCUCGGAGAGUUUGUUGUUCAGCAAUCUGAUGUACCAGCGACUCAAGUCAACACGGCCCAUCGACCUUCUUUAGUUGUUCAAGAAGAUGAUGGAUUUAUUAAUGACAAUGAAGAUGAUAUGACUGACAGUGUAGAAGAAGCAGAAGAUGAGGAUGAAUUAAUUGUCGACCUUAGUGAUGAUAAUACUGAUGAUGUGUGCCCGAUAGAUGUUGAUGUAAUUAGUGAGGAUAGUGACUAUUCUACUUAGUUUUGUAUCUAGUGUUCAAUGUAUUAUACAUAUUGAGAAAUAAAAAGCUCGUUUCCAAAUAGCAUGUUUCAAAUUACCUAAUCAAUUGAAAUAAUACUCAAUAAAUUAAUUAUAAAUAAUAAUUAAAUAUUAAAAUAGAUAGGUUAAAUUACUUUCGUGUUAGU